AUGCGUCCCUUGCCAUCCGGCCAGCAGUUCUACCUCACAUACGGCCUGACGAGACGAUGCUCGUCCGAGUCCCCCGGAUGCGACGAGUUCCCCAAGUAUGAAGACUGUCAAGCAGACAACUCCAUGUUUGGAGUCAGCAUCAAUCGCGUCGGCAGCUCUGGCUCCGACCUCCUCGCCAACCAUACCAUAUCCAACCCGAUAUUCUGCUCGAUGUGGCGAUCAGUUGGGUUCCUGAUAUCGUUCGCCGUUGUCCUCGAGGGAAUGACCUUUGUGGCCUUUGUCGUGAUUCUGGCGGGAGGAAAACAGAUGAGAGAAACUGGCUGGAAGAUGUUGACGGUGUUUCUGGUGCUGAUUGGUCUUGUACAGGCUGGCGGAAUGGGUCUAGUGUCAUACCUGUUUGACAACGAUGACCGCUUCUACCCUGGAUGGAAGCUCGACGACUCGUGGAUCCUGUGCACCGUCAGUAUGUGCCUGAUGGUGGUCAACGCGGUGGCAAUGUACACGAUAGCCCGAGUGCUGCCAAAUGAAGGCGGCUACGAGUUGAUAGCUGACCACGACUAA